GCGAAGGGGCGGGGCGGGGAGGCGCCGGAGCGCGCUGGUGCUGAUGCAGGAUGGCUGAGCUCGCAGGAGCCCGGGAGGUCUGAGCCGGGAGAGGCUUGCUCCCUGCGCAUCGCCUCGUUCGCCCGCCGCGUGGUCCUGGGCAGGUGGUCCCGGGACGCAGCGCAGGGCCAGGGCAGGGCCAGGGAAGGCAGGUGUGCAGCUGGACGGGCCAAAGGUUGAUAGACUGCCCACCUACCAGGUCUCGGAGCGGCCAGAGCUGCCCAGCCCGCCGAGUUCGCGAUGACCUGCUGAGAAGCUUCGUCGGAGGCUGCGGGAGGCGGCCUCGUUGCGGGCGGUGCGGUUCUCGACCACCUCCCUAGUUGUGCGGAGCCCCGUCCCCCCGCCCAUCCCCGCGCCCCUUCCCUCUGCCUCCGGCAGAGAUGGCGGAUCCAGCCGAAUGCAGCAUCAAAGUGAUGUGCCGGUUCCGGCCGCUCAACGAAGCUGAGAUCCUCCGCGGGGACAAAUUCAUCCCCAAAUUUAAAGGCGAUGAGACCGUGGUGAUCGGGCAAGGAAAGCCAUAUGUCUUCGACAGAGUGCUGCCUCCCACCACGACCCAAGAGCAGGUUUACAACGCGUGUGCAAAGCAAAUUGUCAAAGAUGUCCUUGAGGGUUAUAAUGGGACAAUUUUUGCGUAUGGACAGACAUCAUCAGGAAAAACGCACACCAUGGAGGGGAAGCUACACGACCCUCAACUCAUGGGCAUCAUCCCAAGGAUCGCACACGACAUCUUUGACCACAUCUAUUCCAUGGACGAGAACCUGGAGUUCCACAUCAAGGUUUCCUAUUUUGAAAUCUACCUGGACAAAAUCAGGGACUUACUCGAUGUAUCCAAGACAAACUUGGCUGUUCAUGAAGAUAAAAACAGAGUCCCGUACGUAAAGGGGUGCACCGAGCGGUUUGUGUCAAGCCCCGAGGAGGUCAUGGACGUGAUAGAUGAAGGCAAAGCAAACCGCCACGUGGCUGUAACGAACAUGAAUGAACACAGCUCUAGAAGUCACAGUAUCUUCCUGAUUAAUAUUAAACAAGAGAAUGUAGAGACUGAAAAAAAACUCAGUGGGAAGCUUUAUCUAGUUGAUUUGGCUGGGAGCGAAAAGGUCAGCAAAACUGGUGCCGAGGGAGCUGUUCUCGACGAAGCUAAAAAUAUCAAUAAGUCUUUGUCUGCUCUUGGAAACGUGAUCUCUGCCUUGGCAGAAGGGACAAAAACACACGUGCCAUACCGGGACAGCAAGAUGACUCGGAUUCUUCAGGACUCUCUGGGCGGGAACUGUAGAACCACCAUCGUUAUUUGCUGUUCUCCCUCGGUGUUCAAUGAAGCUGAGACCAAGUCAACGCUAAUGUUUGGACAAAGGGCUAAGACCAUCAAGAAUACAGUCUCUGUGAACCUGGAGCUGACAGCAGAAGAAUGGAAGAAGAAAUAUGAAAAAGAGAAAGAGAAAAACAAGACUUUGAAGAAUGUUCUCCAGCAUCUGGAGAUGGAGCUAAACAGGUGGAGAAAUGGAGAAGCUGUGCCUGAGGAUGAACAGAUCAGUGCUAAGGACCAGAAGUCCCUGGAGCCCUGUGAUAACACCCCUGUCAUAGACAACAUUGUUCCUGUGGUUGCUGGCAUCUCUGCAGAGGAGAAGGAGAAGUAUGAUGAGGAGAUCUCCAGUCUCUACCGACAACUGGAUGAUAAGGAUGAUGAAAUUAACCAGCAGAGCCAGCUGGCUGAAAAGCUAAAGCAACAGAUGUUGGAUCAGGAUGAGCUUUUAGCUUCUACAAGAAGAGACUAUGAGAAGAUUCAGGAGGAGCUGACACGUCUCCAGAUUGAAAAUGAGGCAGCCAAAGAUGAGGUGAAAGAAGUUCUCCAGGCCUUGGAGGAGCUGGCUGUCAAUUACGACCAGAAGUCACAGGAAGUGGAGGACAAGACCAGGGCCAAUGAGCAGCUGACAGAUGAGCUGGCCCAGAAAACGACUACACUGACAACCACACAAAGAGAGCUGAGCCAGCUGCAAGAGCUUAGCAAUCACCAGAAAAAGAGGGCUACCGAGAUCCUGAAUUUGCUGCUGAAGGAUCUGGGGGAGAUAGGAGGAAUUAUUGGCACCAAUGAUGUGAAGACUUUGGCAGAUGUGAAUGGAGUCAUCGAGGAGGAAUUCACCAUGGCCCGGCUGUACAUCAGCAAGAUGAAGUCGGAGGUUAAAUCUCUGGUGAACCGCAGUAAACAGCUCGAGAGCGCCCAGAUGGACUCCAACAGGAAGAUGAACGCCAGUGAGCGGGAGCUGGCAGCGUGCCAGCUGCUCAUCUCCCAGCAUGAAGCCAAGAUCAAAUCCCUGACAGACUACAUGCAGAACAUGGAGCAGAAGAGGAGGCAGCUGGAAGAGUCCCAAGACUCGCUCAGUGAAGAGCUGGCCAAGCUCCGAGCCCAAGAAAAAAUGCAUGAAGUCAGCUUCCAGGAUAAAGAAAAGGAACAUCUGACCCGGCUGCAGGACGCUGAGGAAAUGAAGAAGGCGCUGGAGCAGCAGAUGGAGAGCCACCGGGAAGCUCAUCAGAAGCAGCUGUCCAGACUCCGAGAUGAAAUCGAGGAGAAGCAGAAAAUCAUCGAUGAGAUUCGGGAUUUGAAUCAGAAACUGCAACUGGAACAGGAGAAGCUCAGUUCUGAUUAUAACAAGCUGAAAAUAGAGGACCAAGAGAGAGAAAUGAAACUGGAAAAGCUCUUAUUGCUCAAUGAUAAAAGAGAACAAGCCAGAGAGGACCUCAAAGGGCUGGAGGAGACAGUGUCUCGAGAGCUACAGACUCUGCACAACCUCCGUAAACUCUUCGUCCAGGAUCUGACCGCCCGGGUUAAAAAAAGUGUAGAGCUGGACAGCGACGAGGGAGGAGGCAGUGCUGCCCAGAAGCAGAAAAUUUCCUUCCUGGAGAAUAACCUGGAGCAGCUCACUAAGGUCCACAAACAGCUGGUCCGGGACAACGCAGACCUGCGCUGUGAGCUGCCCAAGCUGGAGAAGCGCCUGCGUGCCACGGCCGAGCGCGUCAAGGCACUGGAGAGCGCGCUGAAGGAGGCCAAGGAGAACGCCAUGCGGGACCGCAAGCGCUACCAGCAGGAGGUGGACCGCAUCAAGGAGGCUGUGCGAGCCAAGAACAUGGCCAGGAGGGCCCACUCGGCCCAGAUCGCCAAGCCCAUCCGCCCUGGACACUACCCAGCAUCGUCUCCAACGGCCGUCCACGCCAUCCGAGGGGGAGGAGGCAGCUCUUCAAACUCCACUCACUACCAGAAAUAAACACGAAAUACGACUCUCCACGUAGCAUGUCAAGGACUACAUUAAUCACCAAUUCCUUUACUUUUUUUCCCUCCUACACAAUUUCCAUUUUCUUUUACACUUGCUCACCCCAGCCAUCUGCAGUACACCAGUUUCAGAUAUUUGAGCUGUGUAGAGUUUCUGUGUACAGAUGUGUGCUUGGACUUUUCUCUUCCCAAGAAAUCUGAAGGGGGCGAUUUCAGAAGAUCCACUUACUCCUGGGAUCUGUUGCUGUGGCCCCGGGCUCGGGGCAUUGGGUGGUCCCUGGGUGGUCCUUGGAGACUCCUUCUCUGCAGCCACGUCCCAGCAAAUACCAUUCCCUGGAGGGGAACAACCAAGUGCCGUGGAGGCAGCAGCUUCUGCUUCGCCGCCGCAACUGUCUGGUUUCCUGUAAAAUAAACACAUUACUUUAUAUUUUUAGGGAACACAAAAGUGCUGCUAUAGGGCGCAAAAUUUUCAUUCUGGACGCUUUUCCAAUACAAAUCACCCCAAAGACGCAUUUUGAAUAUCCUGGUCGCAUCUUUGGAUCUGUAAAAUACACCUUUUAGUAUGGCAUCCGUUAAAAUGCAAAGCAAAUUUCUUCGAGGCAGAAAAACAAUCUGACAGUAGCAAUGUAGAAAUUGUUCACUCAGACACAUCUGUGUAAAUGCGAAAAGUGAUAGCAUUCACCUCUGAGCUGCUUGCUAUUGAACCUGCAGUGACUAGUCUCGGCCAGCCCAGGUACAACAUCAUUCCUUCAGAAGUGUUGAAAAUGCUGCAAAGUUGGAUGAGUGGAAAUGCAGCUGCCCCCCUCCUUGCUUCCUCUUCCCUCAUCCUACUGGAGCUUGCAUCAGGGAUGGCCUCUUUCUCUACGGAACCAUCUUGAGCCUGGUGGGGGUAUUGCUGACGAAAUCCAGGAUCAUUCCAGCAGUUGAAAAAGGAAGCCCUAGGGGGAAAGCAAUUGACAUAUCUUUGUGCCUGUGAAUAAGUUGCCAUGAAUAAUGUGUUACAUUAACCCAUCCUUGCCGACCACUUAGUUGAGUUCUCUCCUUGGCAUCAAAUAGAUAGGUUUCCUCUUAGGCAGAAUUAGAAGAAAUCGGUGUGGACGGAUUUUUUACAUUCGGCUACUGUUUUAUUCAAAUACAUGAAUCUAGAGCUGAAUCAACUCUUAUUUCCAGUUGUGCAUAUUAAUAUGAUCGGAUUCCAAGUAGUAAAGUUUCAGGGAAACUGACAAGGAUUCAAUUAAGUUAGUCUUGUGUGCUGCUACUUGUUUUGAUGAAUUUGAGGGUUAACUACUUGUUUUGAUAAGUUUGAGGGUUAAGUCAGUGAUAACCAAACCAGUCUCAGUGAAAGCACCCAUCCUAUGGUUGUGUCAGCCCAGGAUGAGUGAGCUGGCACUGUCCCUGCUGCUGUCACCACUGGAAUGAAAUUUUGCCAGAAGAGACGUUGCGCUUUCUCAUUGCUGGUGGGUGAAAGAUAGUUCAAGUGUGUGUGUGUGUGUGUGUGUGUGUGUCUGUCUGUCUGUGUGUGUCUGUGCGUUUGUGUGUCUGUGGAUAAAGCACUAAAGACUGAAUUGACUUCUAGACUUUUCUUGUAUAAAAUUUCCCUAACCAAGCAAAGCUGCUUUGACUUAAUUUAUUUGUUAAAUGUUGCACUUUGUUUAUGUGUGGGUUUUUUUUUGGGGGGGGGCAGCUAGUAAGUAGAGAGAAGAGGACGAAUUCUACUGACGUAUUUAUUUAGUAAAAAUGACAAUUUUGCAUUCAUUUACGUUUUAAAAAUUCUGUCUGAUUUUUUUUACAUUGUUGCUAAUGCUCGCCCAACAUAACUGCUCCAAUGCUAUUUGCCGUCUGACAGAAGGAUCCUUGUAGGGCAGGCUUUGCAAACCUUAUCAGGUAAUAACAUAUGCCAUAGAUGAUAACCUUGCUGUUGAGAUGUUUGCCUCUUAUAUUAGAAGUUAAAACCGGCCUUUGAGAGGAUCGCCAAAUAAUAAAUUGUCAUACCACUGCAGUCUGUUAUGCAACUGUGUAAUAACUCCAUAGUUGGAAAUUGAACAAAGGUUAGGCAUUCUUUCCUUCAGGCUCUCUUGUUAACAGAUUAUUUUAGAUUUUUUCCGAAGUAAGUUUUCCCUGGGCACCCCUUUUCUAAUUCUAAAGAAGUGUUUGGCCCUUUCAUGUUUCAAAAAGAAACAUUCGCUUGUAGUUCCAUAUUUCUUGAUCUCAGUGAAAUCUCAGUGAAAUAUGAAUGAUCAUGAAAUAUGAUCAGUGAAAUAUGAUCUCAGUGAAAUAUGAUCUCAUAUUUCUUGAUUCAGUUUCCUUUUAUUCACAGAGAAAGUUGGCUUUGAUGUCUCUUAAAGAUAAUUCUGCUAGCUGCUGAUCAGCCAGUCAGUUCACCUAGCUUCAGUCUUUAUAGGACCUCUAAACUAAUUUUCCUACACUGUGACUGAAAGGUAGGCAGAUCGUGGGAAUGGAUUAUACGGUAUAUUCAAAUGGAUCUCUAAUAUUACUUUGUCUAAUAAGGUAAUAUCAGGACCACAUAUUCUGUAGGCCUCUUUUGUUAAAAGCCACAUUUACGCAAUUUUCACUUUUUUAGGCUAUUGUUCCUUUACAUUUGUACUCCGGGUGUAAAAACCACAUUUGUGAAUGCCUGGGCCUAUGAUUAUACUUUCGGUUGUAUGCUGCUUUUUGCUAGUGUGUGUGUGCUUGUGUGUGUGUGUUUCUCCUCUCUGAAUCAUUUUAUAUUUCGUGCUACUUCUUGAAAGUUUACUCUUUGAUGCUAAAAGGGAAUAACCAGAUGAUUUCUAAAAAUAAUGUCUCCCUGCAGGAUGGUGGCUUCUUAAAUUAGAGGAAUGCUGUUUGCUAUAUCAACAUGUAUGGUCAGAGGCUAAAAUAUAUUAACGCCAAGUGUGUUUUGGUCGAUAACUGGAGAAUUCUGUUUAAAUGCAUCAUCUCUUCCAAUGUUUUACAGUUUGCCAUGUGGAAUGGCAGGUAGUAGGGAGAAAAAUAAGUGUGGAUUAAGACUUUUAAAGGAAAUAGUUUCAUAUGAUUAAGAAAAUUAGAAUUCGUAGAAAUACUGGGAUAAGUGAAGAACUAAAAAUCUGUCUAGAAUGUAGCAUCUAGAGAGUUUUUGGAAGCCCUACCUUCACAUGAGGGCGUGAUAUUCCUAUCCAAAGCCAGAUUAAGCCAUCAGCGAGACGCAUGGGGGGAUUAUUACCUCUCCUUUCCUAGAGGAAUAACCGAAAGCAAAUAAAAAUUCUUAACACUCCCCUCUUUGAAGUGUAUUUUUUAAGCAAGGUGGAAAACAUUUAGACUCUGGCUUUAUGACACAUUAGGGAAGUUGUUUGUUGGCAGGGGGCAGGAGGCGGGGGACCCGGAGGAUUUCACUUGUAGAUUGUCUCACCCGCAUAUUGUGAGCAAGCUAAAGGAACCAUCCCAGUCUAAAAUGCCUUCAUUGAACAAUAACAGUUUAUAGACUUUUUAGAAAGUAUUGAAUAAGGGUCAGGGAACAGCCGAAGGCAGUACCGCUCCGUGAAGUCUGCUUACACAUUUACUAAUUGUCCAUCAGUUUAAAAUACUUUUCACCGUGUGCAGAUAUAAGGGGAAUAGGGCACUCUGUAGAAUGAUACAUGUCUAGUUUGUAAAGUAUGUCGUGUGUACUGCAGAUGUAUGUUCUCUGGGCUUUGUGUAUCUGUACAGUAGCUUUCAUUAAAACAAAAUUGUGGAUUAACUUGUCUUGGUGGUGUGAGGGGGAGAAGGGCAGUUUAUAUCAAGUAACGAUGCUGUAAUAUAGUACAUGUAACAGAAGAUCUGGAGUAACCCUUCCCUGGCCCAUGGAAAAUUUUGGUUAUCUUCUAGGUUCUGAAAUGAAGAUGUAUGGAUAUUCUGGCGGACUGCAUGUUGUAUAAUUUGAAAAAUACUAAAAGUGGAAAAUAAAAUUGAAUUAAACUUUG